CGCACCGCAGAAAUGCUGAGAGGACGUCUCCUCCCUCUGUUCCACUUCUGCCAUCCCAAAUCCUUCUCUUCUUCGUCUUCUUCCUCCUCCUCCUCCUCCUACCCCGAGAUCCCCACUCUCUAUUCCUUUCUCCAACCUUCCAUCUUCGCCAUCCGCACCACCAAAGGCCCACAAAACCCCCCGCCCUCGCCCUCGCCCACCUCCCUGUCCUCUCCCGGCAAAACCCUAACCCCAGAAGACACCGCCGCUCUCGAGUCCGACCUCCUGUCCGCUCUCCGAUCCAGCCGCACUGACGACGCAUGGAAGUCCUUCAAGUCCCUCGCCUCCGUCCCCCGACUCCCGCGCCCCGACGCCGCCGACGCUCUCGUCGCCCACCUCGCCUCCCUCCGCGACCGGCACAAUCUCAAACGUGCAUUUGCCGCCGCCGUCUUCCUCCUUGAGCGCCGCCCGGGAACCCUCUCCAUUGCCUCCCUCGAGGCCCUCCUCCGCGCCAUGGACUCCGCCAAUACCCCCGCCCCUGCCCUCGCGCUCGUCCGCUCCAUGCUCAAGAACCGGGUUUUUCCUCCGUUCGCCGCAUGGGGGAGCUUCUUGAUCCGGAUCACGAGGAGGAACGGCUGCUUCGACGCUUUCUUGCGCGUGUUCGAAGAAAGUUGCCGCCUUGUGCUGGACGAGAAUGUCGAGCCAAUGAAGCCUGACAUGGCCUCCUGCAAUGAGGUUUUAGACGGGUGCUGCCGUGAGCUCGGGUCAGUAGCCGCUGCGGAGCGGGUGGUUGAGAUAAUGUCCACUAUGGGCAUGUCACCGGAUCUGCAGAGCUUUGGGUCGCUCGCCUUUUUGUAUGCAUCCAAGGGCCUUGAGAGCAGGAUCGUUGAAUUGGACAAAUUGAUGGACGCAUUGGGUUUCUCAGACAAGAUGAUCGUUUUAAAAAAUCUGAUUAGUGGAUACGUGAAGUCUGGUUCUCUUGAAUCGGUUUCUUCUGAAAUUUUGCGGGCUCUGAAAGAGAGACAUGAUAAAAGUUCAUAUUGUUUGGAUGAAGAUACCUACGGGGAAGUUGUGAAGGGUUUCACAGAUGGUGGCAGAAUCAAAGAUUUGGCUAGUUUGAUUAUCCAGGCACAAGAACUGGAGUCAUCACAAGAUUCAGUUGGCAUUGAUAGGUCAAUCGGGUUUGGAAUUGUUAAUGCAUGCGUUGGGCUGAAUCUUCUGGACAAGGCACACAGCAUUCUUGAUGAAAUGAAUGCUCAAGGAGCUCCAGUAGGGCUUGGCGUGUACUCAUCAAUAUUAAAAGCAUACUGCAAAGAGCAAAGAACAGCAGAAGCUGCCCAAUUGGUGACAGAGAUCAGCGCCGCUGGGCUUCAAUUAGAUGCAAACAGCUAUGAUGCCCUCAUCGAUGCUUCUAUGUCAGCUCAAGAUUUCCAAUCAGCAUUUUCUCUUUUCAGGGACAUGAGAGAGGCAAGAAUUCCUGAUCUUAAGACGAGUUAUCUCACUAUCAUGACAGGGUUAACAGAGAACAAUCGGCCUGAGCUCAUGGCUUCCUUCUUGGACACUGUGGUCGAUGACCCAAGAAUUGAGAUUGCUACACACGAUUGGAAUUCCAUAAUACAUGCUUUCUGUAAGGUUGGUCGUUUGGAGGAUGCUCAAAGGACAUACCGAAGAAUGAUUUUCCUGAGAUUCGAACCAAAUAACCAGACAUAUUUGUCGCUCAUCAAUGGCUAUGUGUCUGGAGAGAAGUGCUUCAGUGUGUUAAUACUUUGGACAGACAUCAGGAAGAAGGAGUUUGUUCAAUUCGAUCAUGAUUUAGUGGAUGCCUUCUUAUAUGCCAUGGUGAAGGGUGGAUUUUUUGAUGCAGCAAUGCAGGUCGUCGAGAAGGCACAGGAGCUGAAGAUUUUUAUUGACAAGUGGAGGCAUAAGCAAGCCUUCAUGGAGAACCACAAAAAGUUGAGGAUAUCAAAAAUUAGGAGGAGAAACUUCAGGAAGUUGGAAGCAUUAAUAGCCUUCAAAAAUUGGGCUGGUCUUAAUGCAUGAAGAUGUGGAGUCUGACUUCGUAUAAAACUCUAUCCAAGCAAAAAGCCUACCUUGAAGGAAAAUGCUGCAUCAAAAUUUAUUAUGUGAAUGGUGGACAAGGCAUGCUCAUCCACAUACCGUAGUCUGCAAAUGUAUUGGAAAAUAAAUUACGAAAGAUUCAGAAGUCAUUGGAGUUUGCAAACAUAUAAAUUCAAUUGGACAAGACAUGGUCGUAUCUGUCUGUACAAGUGAUGAAGUUAAAUUAUUGUCUACAGAGUCAAACAAGAUAAUGUCUUAAAACUAUAAGAGUCAACUAUGAUUUCUUUCACAGAGGAGUUCAAACAAAUACAAAAUCCACUAUGUUCCAUUUUCAUCUCUUGGGGCUUCUAAAAUGAUGGAGGUGAUCCUCCAAACAAGUGUCUUGAUAUAUGGGUCAUGAGAAGUCAAAGAGGUCAUGUGUUGUGCAACAGAGAGACUAAGAUUGAGUUGGAGCAAUGUCAUUGUAGAAUUUUAAGAGUCUACCUGCCUCUUGAGCUUUAUGCAACUCCACCAUUGAAGAUGUCUUUGCUUUUUGCUACUUGCGUAGAUUUCAAGGUAUACCAGGCAAGGUGAGCUGAUUGAACAUGGAAUCAAAGUGCACCUUGUUCAUAUGGUUGAUAAAUCUAUGCUUCAAAGUGCUGGCAAUAAUGCCACUGAAAAGGAACCCAGAAUAGGCACCUUGACAAGCACAAAUCGUGGCUGUAAUUAAAGGGAAUGAUGCCAAGUCGCCGAGAUUGAUGGGAUCGAGGACCGAGAUCAUUCAGGUUAUAUUUAGGUUCCUUCUAUUGGUGCACAAACUGGAAAUCCUUGCCGGUGGUGAGACGUAUGAUUGGUAGAUUCAAGUUAUGGAAAAGCAAAGAUGACAAUCACAUGUUGGAGAAAGCUUGGUCAUCCUCAUCAAUCAGGUCGUUUCAUCUUCUCUUCCCCACUUCUGUUUCUCUUUGUCUUUCCCUUUUGUCUUUGAUUUCAACUGGAUUGAGAUUUGUGUUUCAAUUGAUCUCUAUAACUAAGAAAAAGAACCAUUUCAUGAUCA